AGGAUUUUACCCCAGUUGUACACAAGGCUCCACAACCUCCAAAACUAGAAAAAACGUUGCCUCCUUAUACUGGAUUUGGUUCCGAAGAGGAUUCUCUGUGCUCCUGUAUGGGCCUGGUUCCCAAGCCUCCCUCAAAAGAUUUCAAGAAAUUCAUGGAGAAAGACAGAAGUGGCAUGGAAAGUCACAUACUGCGCUUUCUUGCAAAACUCGUCACAGAUAGUCCUAUUGACAAGGAUCGGAAAUUCAUUAUUUCCUACUUCCUGAGUGAUGACACCAUUUCAAUUUUUGAACGUACACAGCGAAACACAGGGAUACGUGGUGGGAAGUUCUUGGAAAGAGGUCGCAUUAAGAAGCCUGGACAGGAGCUCUUUAAGAGUGAGCCAUCUGAAUACUUCAAGGCUCAGAAUCUGUUUGUUGGAGCCAGAAUUUGUUUCCAUGGACACAACUUUCUUUUGGUGGAUGCUGAUGAGUACACGUUCAACUACAUGGAGAAGCAUGCAAAUGAGUUCUCUGUGGCUGAUAUUGGUGUCGUCCUCAAGAAACUGAAAGACAUAGCUGAACCUCGUUCCCAAGAAAUCAGGCAGGUGUUUGCAGCCGCUGACCCUGAGCAUACCAAGGUGAUUGAGUAUGACCCUUUCAGAAAUUUAAUAGUCAGUAUCACUGAUGGAGCAUUUUCAGAACAUGAAAUUAUGACUCUCGGGCGCUAUUACAGUGUGAGAGAUGAAUAUGAAAUGGACCUUCACGUCCUCCUUGAAGUGACUCAAGAACAACUAAAGAAAAAUAACUUCGAGAAUUUUGAACAACUGUCUGCGGUGCUUAUAUACAAUGACCGUGAGAAGUGUGGAGUGCUGCCUCAUGAGAUGUGCAGGACUAUUUGCAAGUCCUUUAAGUUGCCACUGGCUGAUGAUGAUCUGCAAGCUUUACUGACCAUGUUUGAAGAUGACCAUAAGCAAGUGGAAUAUAAAAAGUUUGUGGAUGGGCUGAACUGGAGAAAGAAUCAAAUCUCUGCUUUCCAGAUGGUAAAGGUUCCUCUCAAGAAUGAAGAUGGCUGGAGCAGACAACCACCAUCCCUUCCUGUGAAAAGGAUCAACUACUUACUACUUCUGGAUGAUCUGUUUGGCAAAGAAGAGUAA